GAGGAGGAAGGGCGAGCUCGGCGCAGAGGCGCGGCAGAGGCGGGAGGAGCGGGGAUGCGGCUGCCGGCGCCGCGCUGCUGAAGCCGCCGGCCCGGGGAGGCAGGCAGGGGGCAGGCAGGGGACAGGCAGGUCCUUCCCCCCCCCGGGGGCACUCGGGGUGCCCGGGCCGGCCCAUCCCCUCCCCUUUCUUUCUGCCGGAGCCCAAGCUCUGCUGCCGCUGCCGCCGCCCCCUCUGCCUCCGUGCGCUGCUGGCACCAUGAGCGGGGCCGUUUUCACCUCGUAAAGAUGGCGCUGCGGGAUCGCUGCAACCUUUAGCCCGAUGACUGUCAGAAACAUCGCCUCCAUCUGUAAUAUGGUUCUUCAAGAGCAGCUCCACACAGUUGCCAGCUUCCCUCCAUGUGGUGCCCCAGCACGCCCUGUGCUGGCGAUGCCACACGUGGCAUUCGCCUGCCCUGGAGAACGGAGCUUACCUCUAGGGGCACCAAUGCCUCUGCUCUGGAAAAAGACAUUGGCCCAGAGCAGUUUCCCAUCAAUGAACACUACUUUGGAUUGGUCAAUUUCGGGAACACCUGCUACUGUAACUCCGUGCUGCAGGCAUUGUACUUUUGCCGGCCGUUUCGGGAAAAUGUGUUAUCAUACAAGGCCCAACAGAAAAAGAAGGAAAAUCUCCUGACUUGCCUGGCAGACCUUUUCCAUAGUAUUGCUACUCAGAAGAAGAAAGUUGGAGUUAUUCCACCAAAGAAGUUCAUAUCGAGGUUACGAAAAGAGAAUGAUCUCUUUGACAACUACAUGCAGCAGGAUGCACAUGAGUUUUUAAAUUACUUGCUGAAUACCAUCGCCGACAUUUUGCAGGAGGAGAAGAAACAGGAAAAGCAAAAUGGGAAACUGAAAAAUGGCAACAUGAAUGAAGCUGAAGAGAAUAAUAAACAAGAACUCACCUGGGUGCAUGAGAUUUUUCAGGGAACACUGACUAACGAAACUAGAUGUUUGAACUGUGAAACCGUUAGUAGCAAAGAUGAAGAUUUUCUUGACCUUUCUGUUGAUGUGGAGCAGAACACUUCAAUUACACACUGUCUAAGAGACUUCAGCAACACAGAGACAUUAUGUAGUGAACAGAAAUACUACUGUGAAACUUGCUGCAGUAAACAAGAGGCACAGAAGAGGAUGCGAGUAAAAAAGCUGCCAAUGAUUCUUGCCUUACACCUCAAGAGAUUCAAGUAUAUGGAACAAUUGCACAGGUAUACCAAGCUGUCAUAUCGUGUAGUAUUUCCUCUGGAGUUACGUCUCUUCAACACAUCUGGUGAUGCUGUCAACUUAGAUCGGAUGUAUGACUUGGUAGCUGUUGUUGUUCACUGUGGAAGUGGACCAAAUCGUGGGCAUUAUAUUACUAUUGUGAAAAGUCAUGGAUUUUGGCUCUUGUUUGAUGAUGACAUUGUAGAGAAAAUAGAUGCUCAAGCUAUUGAAGAAUUCUAUGGACUGACCUCUGACAUAUCAAAAAAUUCAGAGUCUGGUUAUAUUUUAUUCUAUCAAUCAAGAGAGUGACUUGGCAAACUGUGACCAUUGCACACCACAAUGCUGCACGCAGAGAAGGUGAUGGCCCCCCUGAACCAACUUUUACAAUGAUCACAUCUUGUAUGGUCGAACAAUGAUAAGUCUAUCUCCUAUUAAACAGUCCACGUGGUAUUGACUAUAACCACUCACUUUUGACAUGCAGAACUUUAUUUUGGUGAGGGGGGUUAGUUUGUUGUUUUUAAGUCUGACUGAAAAUGUAAUUGCAGUCAGAUUUUAGUGGAAUUUAUAUGGACUAACAUUUACAGAUAAUAAGAUCUGGAUGUCAACUGUUAAAUCCAAUCCAGCUAGAGUAGUAUUUUAUAUGGAAGUGUUCAUUGCAUUUAGGGCAAAAUUGUUUAAAGCUUUCUAAAUGAUUUUGGGGUGUGUUGAUUUACAAAGCAUUCCUUUAAAUACAUUCUGACAUAUACUUACCCAAUUUAAGUGUAUGAAAAAAAAAUCUGCUUCGUAAUGACUUGAAUUGUGGUUGCAUAGGGGAUUUUUUUUUUCUGACAUGUUACUCUUCCCUGCAAAGAUAUUCUUCCAAAACCACUUAAGCUUUGGGUUUUUAAAAACUUUCAGUUUAUAACUUCAGGCCUAACAUUCACAUAGAGAGAGUUAAAUUACAGUGGAACUAAGUAAUGUUGUAUGUCCAGUCAGUGUGCUAACCGUGUGAUAGCACAGCUAGGUGAGAUUUCAGAAUUUAGAGAGCACUGGGUGACAUACAUGUAUAUGACACAGAGAUAAGUAACAUUUAUAGAGACUGGGCUUAUCUGUCUGUUAAAACAGUAUAAUAAGGUCCUUACUUAACGUAGUUCGCAGAGAUAACAACACUGCUCAAGUACAACAUAUCCAUCAGGACUGAAAUUACACAGUCCUAAAUAUGUGUUGUUGGUACAAUACAAAAAACAGGGCUUGAUCCUGCAAUUUUCUGAAUAUCUGUAGGUCUCACAUACAUUUCUCAAGGAGUUCAUUUCUUGGCAACAUAACAGCAUGUAACAAUCAUUAGUUUACACACGCUGUCAUGUAUAUGCUAUUGCUAGUGUUUUGGAUCACCACAAAAAUUUUAGCCAUACUUGACAGCAUUUGGACCACCACAAAAAGAGAGGGCUCUUGAGGGUCUGAUUUUUAAAAUAUCAGAAGGCUUAGUGCAACUGUUUCUGAUUUUACUGGGUGAAUUUGGUUGGCAAUAGUCAUGCACUGGUUAAUAAAACUCUCAACACACAUACUAGAAUUUGUCAAAAGAAAGAAUGUAGAAGAAAGUAUCAAUAGGGUUAUGAGAAGCAAUGGAUAGCAGGAUGAAGCAGUGGUAACACUGGGUAUCUAGCUUGCUUGGUUUGACACUCCUUUAUGCAAUGCUUGAACCUCAGUAGCCAAAUACCUGUUCCAAUAAAGUCAACAGCAAAGAAACUCCUGCUGUCUUCAAGGGGACUGAAAGUUGGUUCCAGUAUUUACAAGGAAAUUUUCUCAUCUCACAAAAUGUAUUUCUACUUGUUAUAUUUUAUUCACUCUUGUUCUGUAUUUAUUAGUCAAUGUUGCUUUUGGUACUUUUCUUUUAGAAGCCCGCCUACCAUUUUAUGGCAGGCACUGUUUCAGAAAAUGGCUUUAGAAGCACAGAUAAAUGUUGUAUUUUAGUUUUCUGUAGGAAAGAGAAAAACAUUUUUCAUUGUAAUCUACUGUGAAUGUGGAAUAUCUUUUUGUUGAAUAACAGUGAAAAUGAAAUACUAGCUUCUACUGUAUCAUCAGCUGAACAGCUGGAUUUAUCAAUGGCCAUUUUGUAAACAAAGGAAACGUAGCACUUUACACUGAAGGAGAAACAGAAGUGGACUUUUCAUAUAACAUUGUUUGUGGUUUAUCAUGUUGUACCAAUACAAGAAAACAGACGUGGAAUGUAACCUUAGAGUACUGAGGUGGGUGAGUAACAGUAGAGGUCUGCAGAGAUCAUUCACAUGAAUGAAGGUUGUUAUGCAGGCUAAAGGCAGGCGUAAUCGGGAUGCAGUUGUACUUUUAUUGAUGAUGGAAUUAAAUGUUCUGUCUGUAACACAAAAGACAGACAUCAUACAGGAGACCAGCUCUCACUGAGCCCCAGGAGAUUUUUCCACUGAGAAGCAUAUCCUUCUUUAAUGGAUGUAUUUAUGAGCAUUCAGAAUUUCCCCAUUAAAAGUAGAAUAAUCACUUGCCUUUUAAAACAGGAGUGUAUUCUGAUUGUGAAUGAAGACACUCCAGUUCAGCAUUCACCAGUAUUGGUCCAAGAGUCUGUACUUUAGGGCAUUCUUCAGUUUUAAAACAAGCAACAAAAAAUACAUUCUCAAUGUAUCAUUUGGAUGUGUGAGGCUCAUGUUUGUAUGUAAAGUAAUUUUGCAUAAAAAUAACUUUAAGAUCAGUUCAAUUUUAGAAAAGGUUUUUCAUAUUUGAAUUAACUUAUCUGAAAAAUGAUUUUUUAAUGUUAAUAAAAAUGAAGUAAUAUAUAAAUGAUAAAGUAUAGGAUACUAAUCUUUGCUUUUCUCUAGCUGCAAGACAGCUCUAGGUUGUAAAACAUACAGGUAACUGUUGUAUGUUACUGCUUUUCAUAAAGUAGGAAAACUCUUUAAAAAUGAAUUGCCCAACAUUUCUGUUACAAAUGAAAAGAGAUGCACAAGAUGCGUGAGAAAAUAUUGGAAAAAUAUUGGAAAGGUACUUGUAGCAGGAGAUCUUUGUCAAAUUAAGCACGUUUUGCAGGAUUAGGAUUGUCACAGGAACAAUAUUAGGAUGUAAAGUAUUUUAGUUGAUUAAAAAAAAUGUAAUCCUUUCUUUCUUAAGCUUAUAUAUCCAGUUUCUUAUAAAAAAUGGUGAAAUAUCUAGGACAAUCAAAGUUUUUCAAUCAGCAGCUAGAACAUAAAAAUAUAGCACAGAUAUCUAUGAGUGUCAUGUCCUUCCCUAAAAUGACUGCUUUUAUGGUUCUGAGUGUGUUAGGCCUAAUGACAUCUGAAGUUCUCUGCUCGUUUCAUGUGCUGUUACCAAUAAGUUCAUAAAACUUCCUACCAUGUUCUUACUUUGAAAAAGAACACUUUUGUCCUGUGCUGUUUUUCAGCUAAACCCGGUGAAGCACUGCAGUGCUGAUGAAUCAGUUGUCUUAGAGGAUGAGCUCAGACCUCAACUCCAGUGUUCUGCAGAACAGGCUGUCAGGAUUUUAUGUAAUUUCUAUUUCUGGGACACAGCAGAGGGAGUGAUGGAGGAACCAUAUCAGCAAAGCAGAACACCUUGUUGCAAUUAAGUCCCCAAAUUGCUCCUGUCAAUUCAAUUUUAAUAAUUUACAGUUACCACAGAGCAGCAGAUAACAUCUUAAAGAUCUUGUUCCUUUAGCAGUUGUAGUAAAGGAAAUAAAGCAGUAGGUGUUUCCUUCACGUUAGAUUGAAUAAAGGUAUUAAAGGCCUAAGCUGAAAUUAAAAUUCAUGUUAUGUGGUGGCCCUAACGUGCUACCACACCUGUCUAUUAUCUUCAGACAUUACAUUUAAUUCUCCCAUCUGUAACAGCAUCACCUACUUGGGACCGGAGCUGACAACUUGCAGCUGCCAGUGAUUUGAUGUCUCUCAGCAGCAGACUCUUCUUGAUUUAUCACAUUUUCACUGUGUGAGGCUGGCCAGUUUGAGCAGUAUCUUAUAGCUAAAUGUGUGUUAGUAAUUUUAAGAAGUUUUGGAUUUGUAUCUGUUCCAUGUUAGAACUUUUAUCAAAGUCUGUUUUAAUUUAUUUCUCCUUUGUUUCUCUGUUAAUGUAUUUGUAUAAUAACUUAUGUAGUUAAUAUUAUUAGUUUUCUGUUUUAAUUUUUAUGUCCUUUAAGUUUUUAAAUGUAACCAACCAAAGCACUUUAAGCAUCAGUGUCAAUCUUGUGAAAUUCCAAUCAGCUUAACACAUUGCUGUUGUCUUUUUGCUUUUGCAACCUUCUGCUUGCAAUGCAGCGUCUCUAGUUACAGCCCAAUUUCCAUUUCUAUGUUUGUAGUCCUAGAUGGGCUGUAAAUUUAGGAAGCACAAAUUUGCUCAUAUGUAUUUGUUCAUAUUGCUGUAGAAGGCGAGAGGACAAACGCACUGUAAACACUGCAAGGAUGACAAGGAUGCUGUAUUUAUAGCGUGUCUGUCCUCUCACCUUCUAUAGCAAUAUGUACGUGAUGAAUUGCACUUACACCUCGCAUUUCACAGCCUUUUUUGCACUCUAUCUGCAAGGCUACAGAUAAAGAAUGGAAGGGCUGCAAUACUUCCUUCUGUUGCACAGUUAUUAAUGACCAUAAUUUAGAAAAGCUCCACUUCUCCCAGGGAUAUUCUCUUUUACCAAACAGUUACCUGUCAGUCAACUGAUAAUGCACAUAGUGCUCUAUUUGCCAUUUUACCUGUGCUCUGUGCAAUCUCAAACAUGAGUAAUCUUAAGAGCUGAAUUUAUUCUUGGCCUUCAUGUGAGUACAAGCAAGGAGAGCAAUCUUUUUGUAUCUUCCUUCUCUCCACUUGGGCUCAUAUAAAGGAAAGAAGUAGGACGCGUGCUAUUAAAAUAAAAUAAAAUAAAAUAAUAACACUCCAUCUAUCAAAGAUGCUGACUAUUUCUUACAGAGCAGUGCUGAUAGUAACCAUAUCAGAAAAUCACUGACUUAGUUUUGUUAGUGCAAAACUAAUUACAAAAGGCUGUUGUUAAUUUAUUUUAGAUAUUGUACUCUCUUCGAUCGAUGAAAAGACCAUGACUUUUUCCUGUUGCUGCAGUUCUGUUGGUGAGGUGUUUCUUAUCAAUUUAACAUGGCACUGAAUAUUUAAACAGCCCUUGGCAAGCCUCAAAGACACCCUUUUAAUUUCUUUCCAGCUAAUGUGCAUUACUUUGGGGAGAUUGCUUGAACCCAUCCACAAGAGUGAUUUAGAUUCGUAUUUUUGCAUACAAGGUCAAACAACACCUACCAGGUAUGUGCCCACCUGAUGGGACCAGCUGGGCUAAGCCCACACCUUUUUACACACUAAUGAUUCUUUACCCCCUAGGAGGUUUGCUUGCUGGCUUUGCCUGGAGGAUUUAAUAUGAGGCUGCACAUAGCUCCCUUUAUUCACGGUCUCAGAGUUGCUAUAAUUCUCUAAUAAUUCUGCUCCACUGGGUUAUCAGGGCUGGGACCAUUGCACAAUGUAAAAUAAAUUAACUUGUGUGCGCCAUUUACAAUGGGCAAUUUUACAGCUUAAUGCUUCUGAUGAAGGCUGUUACAGGUGGUAACUUUGCUGUAUGAAAGACGCUUAGAGAGUGAUUUUUCUGUAUUGGCACAGUAGUUUGUAGGAGGAGCUGGACUGACACACAGCAUCUUAACCUUCAGCUUCCCAGAUGAAGUCGGUGCUCCAUCCUCUACGUAACCCUAACCCUUCUCCUAGAGGUUCCAAAGCAGCAGAAACAAACCCUGUGAAGACACCCUGUAGCUCAUCACAGCCCACCACAGUAGAUAAUUAAGAAAUAUUUGCAGUCCUUCUCCCCACAACCUCAAUCUCUCAUUAAUGGGAAUACAUUCCUCAAAGAAGCUGUGCUCAAACAUCAGCUUUCUAUUAUCCAUGGUGUUCAUAUCUGCAAGCAUCCCAUGGCAGACUGUGUUCAGACACUGUAUUAUUUUCUAGUCCUUUUCUCAACUCUCACUCUAAUCCUAAGAGCAACUUCAGGGCAGCUGAGUUACAGAUUCAUGUGUUAAUCCUGGAAAAAAAAAAUACCAACUUCAGUGACUUUCAUUAAAGAGCACUAACAGGAGCUCUGUAACUUACCUGUGACUCUUCAGGAGUAAAGUCAGCAUUAGUGUACAAAUAUGAGUGUAGAGUAGUGGGGAAGAAGAAAAAAAAAGAGGAAAUAUGGAAAGGGCUGUUUUGUCUGAGGCUUUGGAUAUGUAUAUCUGUUUGUAAAUAUGCAGUCCCUACCUACCUGGUCAAAAAGGUGCAAUCAUAGAAAAACUAAGUAUUUUGUGCUAGUUUUUUGAAUGGAGUAAGAGGUAGUAAAACUAUUAGGCAUAUGACUGGGGACUCGUAAAAUACUGAAUUUCCUGUAAAGCGUACGAUAUCCCAUGUGUGUGUACAGUUGAGUAUCUGCUCUUUUUAAUCAUGUACAUGUAAUUAAACCCUGCGCUAUCUGCAGAACUGUAAGAUAAACCUCAUGUUGGAUAUUAAGGUUGUAACAUAAGAAAACAGUAUUUUCUCCUGUUAACAUGUUUAUAUUUUACAUAAAAUAAACUCCCUAAACCGA